AUCAUUUUCUGCACCCGUUUGCAGAAACAGCACUAAAAAAAAGGCCAAGGUCCCCGACGGUCGACUCCGAGUGGGCUGAGAUGAAAGGUAAAGAGCGGUCGCCGAUUAAAAAACGCUCCCGGGCCUUGGACGAUAUUCGAGACAGGGGAGGAUGCCACCCGACCAGCAAGAAAAUGGGGGCUCUGUCCGUUUCCAGCGGGAGUAAUAAUGGAAAUAGUUCGACGAAGAGCGACGGCGGCUCGACGAGACGGAGCCUGCUCGGCGAGAAAAGAGACCGAGACUUUGACGGUCACAGUAGAACUGGAAAUAAUCACAGCUGUCAGUCUGCUGCUGCUAGCUCCGUCGGUAAAAACCACAACCUGAGCCUAACGCUGGAUUUAGCCGCAGCGAGGACCACUUCACGGGGGGAGCAGCGCGUCCAGCCGCCCAGCGCCGAGAGUGAGUACAAAACGCUCAAAAUCAGCGACCUCGGCACCCAGCUGAGCGACGAAGACAUAGAGGACGGACUGUUUCAUGAAUUUAAGAAAUUUGGAGACGUGAGCGUCAAGAUAAGCCGCAGCAACGACGAGCGGAUCGCGUUCGUGAAUUUCAGGAAGCCGGAGGACGCCAGAGCGGCGAAGCACGCCAGGGGCCGGCUGGUGCUGUACGACCGGCCGCUGAAGAUCGAGGCGGUCUACAUCAACAGGAGGAGAAGCCGUUCCCCCGUGGAGAGAGACUUGUACGGUGCAGCUCAGAGCCAUAGACAUUUGCAGAGACCCCUCUCGCCCACUGGGCUCGGAUACAGAGACUACCGGCUGCAGCAGCUGGCCCUGGGACGGCUGCCUCCUCCCCCACCGCCUCCUUUACCCAGAGAGCUGGAGCGGGACCGGGAGUUCGCCCUGUUUGAAGCCAGGGCACGGCCCGCUUUCAUUGCAGAGCGAGCAGCUUUUCGCGAAGAGGAUUUUAUUUCUCCAGAAGAUGACCAAAGAGCUAAUAGGACGUUGUUUUUAGGCAACCUGGACAUAACUGUUACAGAAGCAGACCUGAGGAGGGCUUUCGACCGGUUUGGGGUCAUAACAGAAGUGGACAUUAAGAGACCCACACGGGGGCAAACCAGCACAUAUGGAUUUCUGAAAUUUGAGAAUCUUGAUAUGGCUCAUCGUGCUAAGCUUAGUAUGUCUGGCAAAAUAGUGGGCCGCAACCCUAUAAAGAUAGGCUAUGGGAAAGCUACACCCACCACACGCCUGUGGGUGGGUGGACUUGGACCCUGGGUUCCGUUAGCUGCACUAGCAAGAGAGUUUGAUCGCUUUGGCACUAUAAGGACCAUUGACUAUAGAAAGGGGGACACUUGGGCCUACAUUCAGUAUGAAAGUUUAGAUGCUGCACAAGCAGCGUGCACACACAUGAGGGGCUUCCCACUGGGAGGUCCAGAGAGAAGACUCAGAGUGGACUUUGCCGACACUGAACAUCGCUACCAGCAGCAGUUUCUGCAGCCUCUCCCAAUACCACCAUUUGACAUGGUGACUGAGUCAUUUGUCCACCGUGCCACACCUGAACCUCUCAGGGUCAGGGAACGGACUCCACCGCCGCUUCACUUCAGGGAGAGGGAGCUCUUUCCCGGAACUGAGUGGCCCAACCCGGCUAUUCGUGAACGGGUACGUGCCUCACCCUUUGAGCCUCUAGAACAUUUGGAACGUGAGCGGCGGACUCGAGAGCCCUGGUCUUUGGAACGAGAGCUACAGGGCCGAGAACCUGCACGCAAGCGGCGUGUAAUGGAGGACGGGCGUCAUGUAGACCACUCUCCUGACAGCACUGAGAGGACAGUAAGGCGUAGACGUGCUUCUCCAGAUGGCAGCCCUGGAGGCAGCAGCAGAGAUGGAGGGCGCUUCAGUGACUCAGAACGCCCUAUGAGGGGCGAGAGAGCCUCCCCAGCCCGAGAACGUCACACUAGCAUGGAACGAGCAGGGGUUGAACGGAGGCUCAAAAGCCAGAGCCUCUCUGACAAAGGACCUUCAAGCAACAUCAUUUCAGUAGUUGGAGAGCGUAAGCGCAAAGCAGGCGAUGGUGGCAAAGGGCCAGCCAAAAGAGAACGUUCUGAGAGCAGUUCCAAGGGAGGCCAGCCAUCCAAGCCCGAUGGAACAAAACUCAGUUUGGCCUGGCACGGCAUGCUGCUACUGAAGAACAGCAACUUCCCAGCCAACAUGCACCUGCUGGAGGGUGACCACAACGUAGCCAGCGACCUGCUUGUCGACAGCACAACCGGGAGGCAGGUGAGCGAGCUAAAGAUCACGCAGCGUCUCCGUCUGGACCAACCCAAGCUCGACGAGGUGUCCCGGCGCAUCAAGGUGGCAGGUCCCGGCGGCUAUGCCAUCCUCUUGGCAGUUCCUGGAGCCACCGAGGAUACAUCUUCAUCCGACCCUGCAGCCUCAACCCAACGGCCGCUUCGCAACCUGGUGUCCUACCUCAACCAAAAACAAGCAGCUGGAGUCAUCAGCCUGCCCGUGGGAGGAAGCAGAGAUAAAGACAACACAGGGGUUCUUCAUGCUUUCCCUCCCUGUGAUUUCUCCCAGCAGUUCCUGGAUUCCUCUGCCAAAGCUCUGGCAAAAAGUGAAGAGGACUAUCUGGUCAUGAUUGUGGUUCGUGGAGCAUCUUAAAAAAAAAAAAAAAAAAAAUCACAAUACACUAAGUUCAAGUGGAAUAAAAAAAAAAUCUGCUGUAUGUCAGUAACUAUUGCAUGCUGUGUGUUCUGCAUCAUGGGGUACACUAGUAUGGUUCUUGAGUGUUUGUAUGUUGCCAUGUAAUCCACUAAAAGGACAAACAGUGCCCUCCCGUAAAACUAAAAGGGUGUGUGUUUUUGAAAUUCCUUUUUUAAAAGGGUGUAUGAAUUGUUCACAGAGUCAUAAACCUGCAGUGAGUCAGCCAGAAUUCUGUAAAAUGGUUAAAUUUAAGCAGUAUUUGAGGAAUUUCAAGUUGAGUCAGUUCAAUUCCAGUUUAAACUCUGAACAGACAAGUCAUACAAGAAAUUCUUUGCUUCAUUUACCGGUUAAAAAUGUUAACUGUCCAAUUGUACGAGAACAAAGAAACAAAAAAAUAGGAAUGGAAGGAGUGGACACAAUAACACCUCCGUUACAACAAAGCCACAAACAACGACAGUGUUCACUACAAACAGAAAAGCUUAAAAAAAAAGAAGUCCCGUUUGUUUCUGGGCUAGUACUAUUAUAUUGUACUGUACAGGUGGUUUUAUUGUGUCAGUCUCCUUUCAAGGUAUUUACACAAAGGAAAGAUUUCCUUUCUCAAAGCUUUGAAUUACAGUGCAAUAAUAUGUUGACUAUUAUCACUUUUUGAUGGAUGGAGACAAACGUGAGCAUGACAGUUAUGAAUUGAAGGUAUUCAUCAAAGGUGUAGUGAAUGGAGAAAAGAACCUUGGUAAUAUUUUGAAGGUCAAAGCAUCGCACAACUCUCCUCCAGUGAACCACACUCCCAUUUACUAAAUGAUGUCCUAUGUCAAAUAUAUUCCUGUGCUUGCAAGGUAGCUUAAAAAAAAAAAAGAAGCCAGAUGAGUGGAGUGUGUUUGUACUGAAAAGAAUUGUGCGAUGCCUUUUAGUUUUGAUGCAGCUCACUCUGACCUGCCUGUGUGCAGUGUCAAAGUUGGAAAAUGUAAAGAUCUACAUUUAAAAGUUCUCUAGACGCAGGUCAAACGUUUCAGUUACUGAUCCCUCUUAAAAGGUUACACGUUCUGUUCAGGUUCAUUGUUUGGAUUUUGCGUGUGUUUGUAUUGUGUUCCUCAGACUUUGAACACCAAAUUGCAAGAUAGACAAUGAAGUCAGUUUGUGUCCACUGGUAAAACUAAAUUGUCAUGUCAACUCUGUGUGGAAUGCCGAAUACUAACUGGUAUGAUUUUUUUUUUUUUGCCCAGGGAACAGCCCAUAACACAAUAGCAUAGUGAAGCAAAUACUAACACCUUUUUUUUCAUAAUUUUUACUUCAAAUUUUAUUUUGUGCAUCCCUACCUUAGAAAUGGUUGUGCAAUGUGAUCGACGACAAACUACAUUAGUAACAGAUAAAGAAGCUUAGAGGACUUUGUGUUAUUUGACAUUCUGUUUGAUUAUUUCCCUGAAAACCAGUAGGUCCACCAAGAAUAAUAUUCAAAAUCAGUACAAUGCUGGUACAAUGUAACGAACCUGCUAUUUGUUCAGUAAGUAGGUCUGUGCAGUUUUAGACUUUUAGAGGUACCUUAACAGUUAAUAACUUAAAUUUUAGAGGGCUAAAUUUGCCAGUAUUUCACUCAUGCUUGCCAACAUUUCCCCCCAAGGCCUACUUACCCUGUUUUGUUUUGCCAUCAUAUGUUUUGUCAUGCAGUAGUAACCCACCGUGAAUUAUAAUUUGCUGAGUUUUGGUUUAAUAUGUAUUGAAAACAGUCAUGUGGGAAAACUGUUGUACGUGUGAACAUCACACCCAACUGCAACUUUGGACUCCUGAGGAGACGAGCGCAGAGCCGAAAAACCUCUGCAGAGAAGGCAACCUAGUGUUUGUGAGUCCUCACUGAUGAGGCAGCUUUUAAGUUGUGUAGCCCAUCUGCACCUGUGAUGACUUCUGUUUUAAAUGGAAAAUUGAGCAAUGUACACUUUGAUGUCAUGGGAAAGGAAAAUCCGUAGAGCCCGUGCGAACCUGUUCACAUACCUGCAAGUGCGUUUGGGCACUUAAUGUGACCGAUUAUCAAUAAAUUGUUCAUUUGAAGGGAAACAUGUUUCUUCGAUGGAAGUGAAUUGAAGAAACAAGCUGCCAUACCUUAUUGUGUUUCGAAGGAGUUGUCACUUGAAAUUUUGUUCCCGCACACAAGAAGGGGGAGACGAUUUGCAGUGUGUUUAGCACCGGUGAAGAGAGACCCCUGUUUCGUGCGAGGAUCGCUGUUUGCAUACAGGCCAGUUCUGACCUCCUAAGUUGCCCGUCAUACAUUACUUCCUCCCUCAUGAUCCCCUGUUAUGUCCUCAACUGUUCCUGUUGGCAUGCGAACACCUGUUCAGGAUGGAGGAGCCUCAGCUGCCCCUUGUUUACAGCCAGAGUCCAGUUUGCAGUGUGACACAGUGGCAGAUGCAUUCAGCGGGGCAGUUUGUGGAAUCGAGGGCCGGAGCAAACAGCAGCAGCACAUGCCAGUAUCCUGUUGUUUCCUGCGGCCGUUACUCAAAAGGUUUCACGUGCAUUGUUCCCGGUUCUGAAUAGGAGGCGAGGGAAGCUCAUCGCCGGCCGUCACACACUCCGCUCGGGAGAUUGUGGGUGACAGCGCACUGAAAUUUCCAUAGCACCUACACUUUAAGCUGUCUCCCUGCCGAGGCCAAGCUGAACCACUGGGCUGAUUUGUCUUUAUUGUACUUUGCCCAGUUAUGAUUUGGUUUGACUUAAUGAUUGUAUCAGGGAAGAGGAUUGGCCCGAGCCUGAGCUAGGAAUAUUGUUGACCCCUGUCUUUGUCCUCUCCUCUGAUUGAACCCUCUCCGAGGAGACGAGCGAAGAAGCGUGUUUGCUUUCCCGAAGCUGCACUGUGUCGUCAUCUGAGGUCUGCUGCGGCAUGGAAAUGAAAUGCAAACAGGCCAAAAUUGUUUACCCUUUUUGACGUCGCUGGAAGGAAUCCACGCUGCGGACCUCACCCACCCCCAGAUUCUUCUAGGAGACUUGUUUAUUUUUCCUUUUAUAAGUUUAAAGCCACGUUACACAGCAAAGAAAGUUUUCCACUUGCUCCUGCCAUCCAUUUUAGCCAUAGCAGUAUGAAAACAAACGCUGUGUCCUGUGAUGAGAAGGACGCCUUGCUUCGCCAGAGAAACAUUGCCAUCUUGAGGACCAUGGAGCACCUGCUUUCCUCCCUUGCAGCGAAACCACCUGACACCCAGGACGGAGCUGGUAUCACUCUACAAUUGCUGUUCAGAGACAGCAUGAUGUGUUUCCCUGAACUGCAGUUUGUUCCCAGGACACUGAACAGACCAUCAGGUGUCGUCUACUGUAAGUAACCAGUUUGUUUUUAUGAGCAUUAACACACAGCACAUUAACAAUGUGAGAUCACAUUAAUGUGGAGCACUUUAAAACGAAUUACACGAACGCUGUAACAAGCUUUUGUGCGGUUUGCUUUAUAACCAAAGAUGAGAGUGAAUGUAAUGAUAAACAUGAAUCAUUUUGUUUAUUAAGUGAUGUGUCAAUAAAAUAUGUUCAAUUUGU